AUGCUGCGUCUUUGGAAAGCCCUCGUCGUCGCUGCUCUCUUUGCCGGCUCGUCGCUAUCCGAGAGAUCCACCGUCUCGGCCGAUGCUUCGCCUCUUCGCAUCAGGGCCGCCGCGGAGCAGGGACCGGUGCCUCCCAAGGAAGAUCCCUGGUACACGGCACCGGCCCGCUGGGAGGUCGCGGAGCCGGGCCAGAUUCUUCGCCUCCGAUCGGCGCCGGGGAACCUCACGACCGUCGUGGGCAACUGCUCGGCGGCGUACAACAUCCUCUAUCGGACGACCGACAGUCGGUACAACCCAACGUGGGCCGUGACGACGCUGUUCGUGCCCGAGGACGGCGAGUCGUCGGCCUUUGGCAAGGCCCUGCUGUCCUUUCAGCUGCCCUAUGACUCGGCCGACCUCAACGCGAGUCCUUCGUACGCCGUGUACGAGACGCAGCCGAUCGACAUCGCCCUCGCCCUCGGCCGCGGCUGGUUCGUCAGCGUGCCCGACUACGAAGGGCCGCUCGCCUCCUUCACCGCCGGCGUCAUGUCGGGCCACGCAACCAUCGACUCGGUGCGCGCCGUCCGGGCCGCCUCCUUCGGCCUCCUCCCCGACGCGCGGUACGCCAUGUGGGGAUACUCGGGCGGCGCCCUGGCGAGCGAGUGGGCGGCCGAGCUGGCGACGCAGUACGCGCCCGAGCUCGCCUUUGCCGGCACCGCCAUCGGCGGCCUGACGCCCAACAUCACCACCGUCCUGCUGACCGUCGAGGGCUCGCCGGCCGUCGGGCUCGUGCCGGCGGGCAUCGUCGGUCUCGCGAGCCAGUGGCCCGCGUUGCGGCGGUACGUCGAUGACAAUCUCAAGACCGAGGGCCGAUACAACAAGACGGGCUUCCUCGCGACCGAAAACUACACCGUCAUCGAGAACGCGGCCGAGUUUGCGGGCCAGAACAUGGCCGACUACUUUGUCAACGGCCUCGACAUCAUCAGGGCGCCCGUCGCCCAGAGGGCGCUCCGCAGCGACGGCCAGAUGGGCUACCACGGCGUGCCGCAGAUGCCGCUGUACGUCUACAAGGCCGUCGAGGACGAGGUCAGCCCGAUCAACGAAACGGAUGCGCUCGUGGCGCGCUAUUGCGGCAUCGGCGUCGACGUCACGUACCUGAGAAACACGGCUGGCGGCCACACGGCCGAGUACUACAACGGCAGGCCCGGCGCGCUGGAAUUUCUGACGGCGGUGCUGAUGGGACGCUUCAACGGCACUGGCUGCGCCGUCAAGGAUGUCAAGGUCAGCCGCGCGCCCUCGGGGUUGCUGCGUCGGGAUCUGUCGCGGAUCUGGUAG